AUGUUCGGAGAUCUGAAUCCCAGACUGGGAGUAAUUCCUCGAAAAAUUCGUUUACCUCUUAGAGAAAUUUUUCCUUACAGAAUUUAUAAUUGUGCUGUAGGAAGCGAGGAAUGUGGUGAAGUUGUUGGAGUUGCUGUAGAUGACAGUUCAGAUAGACAAGAUGGACAACGAAUCCUGUUACUCGUUCAACUUUCCUCUGGAGCAGUUCAAUUGCUUCAAGCACCUGUUGAUUUGAACCAGCCUUUUCAGCUGGUAAAUUCUGUGCCUAAUGGAAUUCGUCAAGUUGGCGGCUUCAUUGACGGCCGUUUUUUAAUUCUAACAGAAGAUGGUUACUUUGGAACACUUGAUUAUGACCUGACCAAUAUAAAUUUAAAUUUUGCUGUCCGUGAAAUAAACCAUUUAAUGGUUGCUGACAGUGUUUCUCCUUUCGAACGAAGAUUUCUUCACUUUGAUGGGCCUAUUCAUUUUGAUGAAAAAACGGCACAGUUGCGUUGGUCGGUUGUUAGAGGAGAUGGAGGGGAAGUUAGUCCGUCAGCAACAUCCUCAGAGGAUGAUUCAAAAUCACCUCAACUAAUACCUUUGCUUUACAAAUUAUCUCUCUUUCGUGAUGGAUUUUCUGGCAAAGAACCUAAUUUAAUUGUUUGUCAAGAAAACAGUUUUUCAUUGCCUCCAAAACUUUUACAAGCUUGGAACUCUCGACAGCGCUUUGAUGCUCAAGUUGAAGCUAUUAGUCCGUGGAUCCGUGUUUUGGCUAACCAGACUGGGCUAAAUGCAGCUACUAAACCCCCAACUGCCCCAGAAGGUGUGCGCAUCUAUGCUACACAACAGAGGACAGUUGACGGAAGUCGCGCAAUUAUAGACAUUUUUUGGCAUGAACCGAGUGAAUGGAAUGGGGAAAAAUUAGGAUAUCAAUUAAACUGCACAAUUACACAAGGAGCAACUAGCAGUAGCAGUACUUCUACAUCAUCCUCUCAAGGAGCAACUCAAACAACAUCUGAUCCGAACAGUUCCCCUACCCAAUAUAUGAAUGCUACACUAAAAAGUAAUCAUCGCUCCUUUUCAUUUACUGUACGCUCUGGAAAAGUUGGUUGUCUAGUCUAUGCGAUUAAUGAUCAACAACUAAUUGGACCAGCUUCUGCGUUGGCUGAUAUCGACGGGAGUGAGUUUAAACCCCUGAUCCGUCUUUUUGCUAUCGAUUCAACAGAAUCACUUGUAGCUAUUCAAAAUUGGACAAUAGAAGUAUCAAAAAAUGGUGCGAGCAUUAGAAAAUUGCGUCAGAUACCAGUUUCUAAAGAUCGAAGAAGACAAACUACACAACAGCAACAACAACAACAACCAUCUCAACAACAACAACAAAUGCUCCAUUCAUCUCAAUAUCAAUCACUUACAUUUGUUGGAAAUGAGCUUUAUGCAAUUCGAAAAGAAACAGAAAUGUUAUCAUCAUCUUCUCCUUCCUCCCAAUUAUUUUUGGUUAAAUUGGAUAUUAAUCAAGUUGAUCAGGUCGUUUAUAAGGUUGGAAUUUAG